AUGGACAGAGCUGACCAGGCCCCAUCCUGUCCCACCUGUGAGCACUGCUCCCCAGACCCCUUCUGCCUCCUCUCUGGGUCUCUGGACCACAGGAUGGUGGUGCUGCAGCUGCUGAAGGCCUGCCCUCCUCCCAGUGUGCUCCCCACCCAGUGGGGACAGUCUCCUGGAGAAGAUUCCAGCUCUCCCGAGUUGGGUCUCAGCCUGAACUGCACACACAGCAGAGGGGCAACUGGCAUCAUGAAGAGCACUGGACCGGGAGUCCCGUGGUUGGUUCCUGGCACACUGGCAGUGGGUGCUCAAUAA